AUGGCGACCCCUUCACCCGCAGCCGUCAACCACCCUGGCGCUAGACCCGGCCUGCGCUUGAAUAAGGACCUAGACCAGUUGCUUCAGAUUGACGAGGUCGAGACUCCCUCGUUGCCCAUGAGAAAAUUCCUCAAGGCAACCCUGGAAAGCCCCCAUCUGCCCGGCCAGCCUCGUAUCCGUCUGAAUCCAGCCGUCGACGCCGACCCGGACGAAUUGCUCCAAUACUUGCGGAACUGUCACCUCACCGACGAGCUUGAUGGACUGCUGCCCUUUACCAAGUACAUCUUCGUCCAAACGCCUUCGUACAGGCACAUUAUGCCGCUGCAUCACAAUAAAGCCCAUGAUCGAAAGGUUGUCGUCGAUGAGCAUCCUGGCCUGCAUCUGCUGUGGUACUAUGAUAGGAUCUUCAUCAAACCCAUCCCGGCCUACUUCUACUCAAAGGUCUUCUGGGACUACCUCGAGACUGCCGAUCCACAAGUCCACAAAGCUGCUCUAGGCUUCAUGCGAAGUUACUACUUUCUCAUCCAGUAUCAGAUCGAUUUCAACCAAGCCUGCGAAAUGAGUCUCGUUCCCAAAAAGCCCCGCCAAGGCAAUCACCCCACAUAUGAAGAAUUCUACGCCUUCAUAGCCCAGUUCAAGGAUGUCGAUGACGUCCACACAUGCAGACGUUAUCACUUUGGCGAACUCCGCUUAACGCGCAUCGACAAAGCCGUCAUGCUCUUCAGCGGCCACCUAGCCUAUUUUCACAUCUAUCCUCAGUGGGGCUCAUUCCUGAAGCAUAUAUUUGCGCCUCUUUUCACCAUCUUCGCCGUUGUUUCCGUCGUGCAGGUCGCUCUGGCCGCGCAACAGAUCACCAGCGGUAGCACUUCAUCUGACUGGAAGGCUUUUAUCAGCGUCACUCUGUUCUUUCCCAUUGGCAUCAUGUGCCUGGUUGUCGUUGUUGUCGCCGCUGGCUUCAUAGGAAUCCUCAUCAUGUGUGUCAAGGACUUGGUUUGGGCAAACAGGGUCAGGCGACAGAAGAAUGAUGGCGACCAGGGAGCCGGAGAAAAGAGCUAUGGAAUGAUUUGGUAG